UCUAAUCACUCCAUGGCACUAUUCUCGUGAUGUAUCCAGUAUCUCGAAUCUCUCAUUGAGAAGUCAUGGCACAGCUUUUGGUCUACAUCUGAUGAAGACUAACUGAGAUUUGAGAUCAGAAUUGAUGAACGCCCAAGAAUUGUGUAAGCAAAGGAACUGUUAGGACGGUCAUUAGCAUGAUUGGCUACACGUAUUGCAUUCUGGUCGUCCUGAUCGUCAUGACCUUGCGCGGGGCAGAAAAUAACAGAGUCGAUUCGGCGUAUGGAGAUGAUUUCGAAAACCCGGAUAUAGCGAGAAUGGCCAAAUCAAAACAACAACCAGCUCCAGUACCUAACAGAGUCUGGCAUACCUUUGCUAUCAGAUUUCGCCUGUUCGCUAAGCUAUUGGGCGAUCUGAUUGAAAUAUACAGUAAAGAAGACUGUUCAAAACCCAUUCUCGCGCCUGGGACACUCGCAAAAUACACUUUUGAAAGUGAGACAUUUUCUCAUGGAACGAAAUUGUUGUUCUUCUGUAAGGCCGGCUACUACUUCCAGAAGAUUGUGCAGAAAGUCAGAUCGGGUUGCAAAGAAUACGAAUAUGAUGGGGAAAAUGGAUGUGAUCCUAAAAGUGGUCAAACCAAAGAUACUAUCAGCUUCAAUACCACACAAAGAAAGCUUGAGUGUAUCGGGCCGUAUUGGAGCAGUCCCGCACCCUCGUGUAUUGCGUUCACGUGCCCCGUUCCAACUGUUUCAAACGGAAGAUGGCGUACUAAUCAACCUCGGAUCAAGCACAGAGAGGUUGUUACCAUUACCUGUGACCCAGGUUAUCUCACCCUCGGAUCACCCUCAAUCAAAUGCAGUAUAAAGCAGGCGAACAUAAAUGACGGUUGGAAUAUAGAACCACCGUCGUGCAGAGAGAUAAAGUGUGCUCAACCGAAAAGACCAGAAAACGGGAUCAUAUCGAACAAAAACUCGUCCAACCAGAACAGGAUUGGCGCAGAAAUCGAGAUCAUUUGUCAACGAUAUUUCCUGUUAGAUGGUUCUAAAAAAAGGAAGUGUAUGGCGAAUGGCCGGUGGUCAGGGACCGAUGCAACAUGCCAACCCACACGUGUCCAAGAUAUUGCACAUUGUCCCGUGCCUGUUAUUCCAUACGGGGCGAAAAGGUAUUGCGAGAGAAAGUCUGGCGAUAGAUGCGUUUACGAUGAAGGCGCUGUGGUCACCUACAAAUGCUUUGAUGAAUUCAUAUCUGGCGGGCCCAGUCGUAUCAAGUGUAACGGAAAAGGUCAUUGGGAGCCCGCUGAUCUGCCAAAGUGCGAGGCAUUAUUCAGUUUCGAUGACCCCAAAAGUUUGGCAAGAAACUUCGGUGAGCUGUUUGAUAAGAUUCAUAAGAUUGAUGAAUACCUGGACACGGAUGUAGGACGCAUUCUGGACCUUAACGCACCAGGAGGAUGCGACAUUACAUUUCUUCUCGACUCCUCCGGUAGUAUCACACAAGAUGAAUUCGAUGAUACUAUCGCGUUCAUCAAGCUUUUUGCUGAGAAGGUUGGUGUAUCGAAGAGACAUAAUGGAGUAAGAUUUGCAGCCUUAUCGUUUGCUGCCAAUGCUACAAAUGACUUCGAUGCGAACUACGGAUUUCACACCUUUCCAGCAAAAACUGUAGAAGAAGUCAAGGGCUUGUUAGAUAAGCUUGGUUACAUAAGUGGCGGCACGAACAUCAGAGGUGCGCUGACGUACUACGAAGAGGAGAUGCUUCGACAAAAUCGUGGAAAGAGAAAAGAUGCCAAGCAGUACUUGUUCCUUUUUUCAGAUGGCCAGUACAACCUUGGGGGUAACCCAGAGGACGUAGCCUCACGCCUCCGUUCAGAGAAGAAGGUAGAAAUAUUCGUGAUGAAGAUGGGCAAUGGGAAGGAGGCGUUGAAAGAAAAAACCAACACCAGAGUUCUCAUGUCAAUAUCUUCAGAAAACAAGUUCGAUAAAGACGGAAAUAAAGAUCAGCAUUUCUUUCAAUUCAAAGAUUAUUCAAGCGUCAUUAACUUUUUGGUACAGAUGUUGCUCAACGGAAGCAUUGACUACAGUGAAUGCGGUGUCGCCGGCACGACUAACAUCACCGAUGGCGACAUUAUCAGGGAUAAACCUGCCAACCUUUUCGCCUGGCCGUGGAUGGUAGCAGUCAUGGAAGCAAAGGCUAACAAUGUGAAAUUCAGAGAACACACGCAAGUAUGUGGUGGAACCGUUCUAGAUAAUGAGUGGAUACUGACUGCAGCACACUGUUUUCAAGGCGAUACAUAUAAUAAUCCAAGGAGAGUCAUGGUCAAGUUAGGUGCGAUUGAUUUUAAGAAGGCUCUAUUCGACCGCCCCGACAUCUUUGAGAUGAAAGUUAGGUCAAUGCAUAUUCAUGAGAAGUGGUCCGUCGAUCGAGAUACCAAGAAGAAGUUUGCCAAUGACACCAACUGGGCGCAUGAUAUAGCGCUGCUCCGCCUUGAUAGAGAAGUCCCGUUCUCCAAGAGUGUCCGACCAAUUUGUUUGAUUCCCGAAAACACAUCAAACAACGAGAUUAAGGAUAAGAUUGCAGUGGUAACCGGUUGGGGCCAGUUCGAUACGAGUGACGUGGAUGGACAGAGGUCAGACAUCCUGAGACAAAUCAAACUUCCAGUUGUCACGCCAGACGAAAACCAAGAGAAGUGUAAAAUCCAUCAUCGGGCGGAGAAAUUCAUAUGUGCAGGCGGAGAGAACAGAGUUGAUGCUUGCAAAGGCAACAGUGGUGGUCCGCUGAUGGUCGAGUUUUUGGCGGAAAACAAUCAACCAUCCUGGAACCAAAUAGGUAUUGUUUCCAGUGGAUUUGGCUGCGCCAACAAGCUGGCAUAUGGACGGUACACAGACAUAAGGGCGUACAGGCAGUGGAUCAAAGGUAUUAUGACGAAUAACACAAAAGCAAGGGAAUAAAGUUGUCGCCCGUUAUUUUAAGGCGCAUGUUACAAUGCCGCUGUCUAUAAGAACAAUAAAAAACGUCAUUACGUCAUGAAUACCAUAGCCAAUCAGAGGCUUACAAGGCGAUACACAGACAUAAGGGCAUACUUGCAGUGGAUCAAAGGUAUUAUGACGAAUGACACAAAAGCAAGGGAAUAAAGUAGUCGCCCGUUAUUUUAAGGCGCAUGUUACAAUGCUCCUGUCUAUAAGAAGAACAAUAAAAAACGUCAUUACGUCAUGAAUACCAUAGCCAAUCAGAGGCUUACAAGGCUUUUGCAGGAUAAAUCACUCUGUUGACCAGAGUGAACAUAAAUGACUACUUUCUGGUACAAAUGCUAAUUUAUUGCAUCCUUCAUCCAAGUAAUAUAUUUAUAUAUGACUGGCACAUAGUAUACACUAGAACAUGUAAAAAGAUUUUUCGCAAUGGCUAUUCAGCGGGUCAUAACUAAGGUAAGCGAGGAGAACUUCUUUUAUCCAAGUGAAUCUGGAAUUGAUUGAGCGACCCGGAUACUGUUACGUCACGCCACCCAAUCUCCCAGUCUCGUCGUUGGUAACAGUUGCUUAGUAAACUGUUUACUAGUGUAUACAUUUGGCCACUUCCGGUUGGUCUCUUUCGGUUAGAGGCAGCAGAAAGCAGCUAGUCGUCUCAUUGGGAGAUUGUACGCCACCCUCUGUUGAGCGGAAGUAUGCACAUUAUAUUUUUCAUGACGAAAGAAAAAAACUUGCAAUUUCUUUCAGGAUAAUAAGUAAGCCAUUUUAUUCUCGAAUCAUUCAUAGAAAGAACAUAAAAACGUCGAGUGGUUUGUGUACAUAUCAGAGAGGUUCAGAUCCCGAUCUGGGAACGAGGUUGCAUUUUCACGACGGAUACCUCGAUGUUGUUGGAAAUGCCACAAAGCCAACUGUCUUUUGUGUAGGACAAAGACAGGAAA